ACGAUUCUUGAAGGGUGUAUCUGUUUUAUAUCGGUGUAAAGACACCGAUUGGGAAUUGUAGAUAAAUAACACAGUCCCAAGAAAAAAAAAAGAUUAAGUCUUCUGGAAACACUUUGAGUUUUUUUUUUCUUCAUCUUCUUCUUCCUUGAAUUCUGCACUUUGCUUUUCAAUUUUCAGUAUAUUGGUUGGGUAAUUAAAGUUUAUUUUAGUGGGCAUUGUAUUCUGGGGAUAACCUUUCCUACAAAGAGGUGGAAACUAUUAUUCUUAAGAAAGGUUCCUGGAACUGCCUUGCUCACAACAACUGCAUCUACAACUCUUUACUUACAAUAAUUUAAGGAUAAUAGUCUUUCCAAAUGGAGUUUGGAAUUGUCAAACCGUACAUCGAUGUUGAAAAGCUGGAAUGCUUCAAUGGGUUGAAUUACAAGCGGUGGAGCAUGAAGAUUUAUUAUCAAAUCCCAUUUUGAAAGUGGCAUAUGUCUUGCAUAAUCCAUAUCCACAAGACUGUAGCGGCACUGUAAAUGGAGAAUUGAUUGAGCAGCAAGGCAAAUGGCUUGAAGAUGAUUAUGUUUGCCGUCUAACCAUUUUGCAAGCCAUGACAAAUUCUCUCUUCAAUGCUUUUCACAAACACUCCACUACUCUUGAGUUAUGGUAUGCAAUAGCACAAAGGUAUGUGAAUGAGGAUGCUGGCAACAAAUCUUUUCUUGUCAACAAAUAUAUUGAUUUUAAGAUGAGUGAUUCUAAGCCUGUCAUUAAUCAAGUCAAUGAAUUAAAUGAUAUUGCAACGAAAUGUGCUGAUGCCGGUGAACCAAUUUCUGAGACCUUUCAACACAUCCAGAUUGAAUAUGAGGCUUGGAAAAGGGAUGGUCAAGAAAAGAGUGAUAAUGUGAAUGCUUUGGAAGGGCUAGCAUCGUUUUCCAAGAAACCCAAUCUCAAGUUCAAGAAAGGGCAAAAAGGGUCUUCUUCAAUGAAAGGCAAAAAUGGCAAGAACUUGGCAACUUUCAAAAAGAAGAAAAGACCAUGCUUUGUAUGUGGAAAAUUGCAACAUGUUGCUAUGCAAUGCUAUGACCGUAAAGGUAAGAAAAUUUGUGAAACAAAUAUCAUCACAAAGGAUGAUAUGGUGGCUAUGUUCACUGAAUUACUUGUUAUAAACAAUGAGGAUGAUUGGUGGCUUGAUUCAAGAGCAACAUGUCAUGUGACUCCAUUUAAAAGUUCUUUCAAGACAUAUGAAGAAAUGAAUGGAGAAAAAUCUGUCUUCAUGGGAAAUUCUUCCACAUGUGCAGUUGUUGGAAAAGUUUAAUUUAUGUCAAAAAACUUGAUGAUCAUGGGUUUAAAGUUGUAUUUGAUUCCCCAAAAGUUACCAUUUCCAAGAAAGGAUCUUUUGUUGGGAAAGGCUAUGCCAAAGACAAUAUGUAUGCUAUUAGUAUAAAUAAAGAUGCAUCUAAUUC